CUAAAACAUAAUACAGUGCAAACAAACCAAACCAACCACCCACAGAUAACAGUACAUACAAGCAAGCGUCGUCAGGCAGGCCGGGUCAAUAUCAAUAGGGCAGGUAGGUACAGGGGGAGCAAGCGGAGAUGGGUCGGGGUCACAGGCCAGGUUCAGCAGGUAGCUAGCAGCGUAGUACAGAGGGUCAGGCAGAGGGAUGGUCAGGGUCACAAGCCAGGGAUCAGAACAGGUAGCAAGCAGCCGUGGUUCAGAUCAGGCAGGGUCAGCAAAGGAACAGAAACAGUAUGCAGGACAGAUAUCAGGGCCCAGACAAACACAACACCAAGGCAGAGUCUGCAAGUUCUGGCC